AUGGCUGCUGCAGCAAUAGCAGUAGCAUCGUCAAACUGCUGUUGCCCCAGGUUGUUGGUUUUGUCGGCGUGGAACAGGUUCGCCAGCGUGCGGUCGCUUCAGGCCACAUCACUGUCACGUGGUCGACGUCCGAACAAAGGGAUCGAGGUGGAAAUAACGGACGAUGGCCUGCCCAAAGAUUACAAAGUGCAGCAGUUGAAGCAUGCUGAGAAGAUGAUUUUGACCAGUAAAGUGCAGGUUAAUGAAGAAGUGGCAAAAAAAGGCUCUUACUUUGUACAAGAAAGCGACGUCAUUGACGUUUGGAAGGAAGCGGUUGAGGGCAAUUCGAAAUUUGCCGAAGUUCACAGGAUCGAGAUAAUCAAUUACGAAUUAACCGAUCAAGGCUAUGAUGUUAAUUGUAAAACGUGGAAAAACUUCUAUGUACAUAAUUGGCGCGAUAAUAAAUAA